AGAUACAAGGGCUAAUAAAGGUUUCAAGGAGAAAACUGAUCUAAGUGAGGAGAGAGAGAAACAGUAGGUGAGAAAUUAUGAUCUGAUUCAUAGAAAAGAAAAAGAAAGAAGGUUUGGUAAAGGAGAGAAAACGAUCCCAUAUGAUCCCCUUUUUAGGAAUUUGCUCAAGGUCCAUUUGUCCGCUUUGAGUUUGUGGAUUCCAUUCUGUUUCACCUAUAUUUUAUUUGGGUUAAAGUUUCACCUGUUGUUUUCUUUCAUAAAAACCUAAACAGAAAGCACAAACAAACAAUUUCUUUCAUUCUCAUCCCCUCCAUUUCUUUUUUCCAAUUGCUAUUGCAAGUCAGGUCCAUUUCACCCCCUGCAACAAUACCCCAACUCUGGGUAUUAUACAUUUUGCAUCCCUCCAACCUUUCAUAGUCGCCAAAAUUUCAGUGUCUCCAGUUCCACCUUCCUCAAAUCAUUCGCAUCCUUUUCUUACUCAUGGAUCUCACUCUCCAGUAACCUGGACUCCAAUUUCUGGGAAAAACAAUCAAACAAUAUAAUUAAUUUAGAGAAAAAAAUGUCUUCAGCAGAGAAACCCAGCUCCAAAGGACAAGCAUGGUUCUGCACAACGGGAUUGCCAAGUGACAUUGUGGUAGAAGUGGAUGACAUGACAUUCCAUCUCCACAAGUUUCCUCUCAUGUCCAAAAGCCGAAAGCUCCACCACCUCAUAACGCAGCAAGAGGAAGCCACUCAUUCCACUGUUCCGCACCAGCCGCAGCAAGAAAACGAAGACGAAGACGAAAUAGUCGAAGAGCAGUGUCACGUGACUUUCACGGGCUUCCCCGGUGGCUCCGAGGCCUUCGAGAUGGCCGCCAAAUUCUGUUACGGCGUCAAGAUCGACCUCUCCCCCUCCAAUGUGGCCGCGCUACGCUGCGCCGGCGAGUUUCUCGAAAUGACCGAAGAGUACUCCGAAGACAACCUCGUUUCCAAGACGGAGAGGUUUCUCUCGCAGCACGUGCUCAAGAGCCUCAAGGACUCCAUCAAAACGCUUAAAUCGUGUGACAGCUUGAUGCCUAUGGCGGAAACGCUCGGAAUCACGCAGAGGUGCCUUGAUUCUGUGGUUUCCAGAGCUUCGUCCGCGGAUCCUGCAUUGUUUGGCUGGCCGGUCAGCGACGCUACUUCUGCGUCCAAACAGGUCCUCUGGAACGGAAUUGACGGUGCCGGGAGAAGAAAGGCCGCCUCAGGUGCCGCCACCGCCGGAGGUGACUCUUGGUUUGAAGAUCUGGCGCUUCUGCGUUUGCCUCUGUUCAAGCGAUUGAUUCUUGCCAUGAGAACUGCGGAGCUCAGUCCUGAGAUUAUUGAGACUUGCGUGAUGUAUUAUGCUAAGAAGUACAUUCCCGGAGUUUCGAGAUCGAACCGGAAGCCGUUGCCGUCGUCGUCUUCGUCCGUUUCGACGGAAGCGGAGCAGAAGGAGCUUCUGGAGACCGUGGUUUCGAAUCUUCCAUUGGAGAAGAGUUCGAAGUCGGCGACGGCGACGAGGUUUCUGUUCGGAUUGUUACGAACGGCGAAUAUAUUGAACGCUUCCGAAGCCUGCAGAGACGCGUUGGAGAAGAAGAUAGGGUUUCAGCUCGAAGAAGCCACGCUCGACGACCUUCUCGUGCCGAGUUACUCGUACCUGAACGAAACGCUUUACGACGUGGAUUGCGUGGAGAGGAUUUUGAGUCACUUUCUCGAAGGUUUAGAAACAAGAAACGCCGCAAGAGCCGAAGACGCGGCGACGAGGUCGCCGGCGCUGAUGCUUGUCGGAAAACUCAUCGACGGCUACCUCUCCGAGAUAGCCUCCGACGCGAAUCUCAAGCCGGAGAAGUUCUACAAUUUUGCCAUCUCGCUUCCCGACGAGGCUAGACUCUUCGACGACGGUCUCUACCGCGCCGUCGAUGUGUAUCUCAAGGCACAUCCGUGGGUUUCGGAAGAGGAGAGAGAGAAGAUUUGCGGAUUGUUGGACUGUCAGAAGUUGACGCUAGAGGCGUGCACGCACGCGGCACAAAACGAGAGGCUUCCGCUGCGCGCGGUGGUUCAGGUGCUGUUCUUUGAGCAGCUUCAACUGCGACACGCCAUCGCCGGGACGCUGAUGGCGGCGGAGGCGGCCUCCGAGCCGGGGCGGCAAUCGGCGGCGCUGGAACGUGAAGCGGAGGACGACGGAGAAGGGUUGGGGAUAGAGCAGGUGCAGGAAAGGAACGGCACGUGGCGUGUGGCGGUGAGGGAGAAUCAGGUGCUGCGGCUGGGCAUGGAUAGCAUGCGGACGCGCGUGCAUCAACUGGAACGCGAGUGUUCCUCGAUGAAGAGAGUCAUCGCGAAAUUUGACAAGUCCGGCGGAAGCGGCGGGGGCGGAGGCGGAGGCGCCGGCGGUUGGCGGGCGUCGCUGGGGCGGAAGUUCGGUUGCAAGUUUAAAACUCAGGUUUGUGAUUCGCAUGAGUCAACGGCUGUUGAUACCCGCAAGGGACGGCAUCAGCAGCAUCAUCCCCAUCAUGAAUAGUCACCAUGCUAAACUUCCUCCUCUCACGUGAGAAUCAUUGUUGGAGUAAAUUUGAUACGGGUCCCACUUGUAAUUGUUCAUUUUUUUUCUUCUUUAAUUUUCCAUAAAUUUAAUUUUAAUUGAUUAACACAAUUUUACUUUAUCAAUAUUUGGCAUAAGAAAAUACGAGAUGGACUUGUUUUCAGAAGAAACUUUUAUCUAAUUUAACAAUGAUUAUAUUUUAA